AUGGUAGUCUACACUGAUGCAGCCCCAGGGCUGGCAGCCACAACGAUUCUGCUCACGACUUUGGCACUGAUUACAUUCGGUUUGCGCGCUUACUGCAGACUCAGCCGGAGAUCAUGGGGACCCGAGGACUGGAUCAUGACGGCAGCACUUGCGCCAUUCUUCGUCCUUGUUGCUGGAUGUCUUGGAGGGGCAUUCAAUGGAAUUGGUGCUCACACUACUACUCUUGCGAAGCCUGGUAAUGAGAAAUACUCAGCGGAGGCGCAGAAGGUGGUUAUCACUCUGAUCUUCUUUCUGAUCUUCGAAGUUGGCUACUGCUCUGCUAUCAUCCCAAUCAAACUCAGUAUCAGCUGGAUGUUGAUCCGUGUGGCGGAAGGAAGAAAAGCGUAUGUUCAUGUGCAAUACGUCGUCAUUGCUAUGUUUGUUUUGAUGAACAUCAUCGCGUUGGUCUUCAUUCUGGUCAACUGCAUUCCCGUCCAAGCUGCUUGGGAUACGGAAAUCCUCAAACAUGGUGGCCACUGUCAGCCCAGCCAUGUCCUCGCCAACGUUUACUACGCAUGUACCGCCGUCAACAUAUUUACUGAUUGGGUGACUGCUUUCCUCCCGGUACCUUUGCUCUGGAACGUGCAGAUCAAUCGCAACACCAAGAUUUCGAUUAUGGGACUGAUGGGCCUUGGAAUCUUCGCAUCACUUUCCGCCUGUAUCCGCCUAAAAUACACAGUCGCUCUUACCAGCCAAACCGACUACCUUUUCGAAGUCGCAAACGUCGUCAUCUGGGGAUUCGCCGAGAAUGGCAUUGGAAUGAUGGUCGGCAACAUCGCAACUCUCCGUCCGCUUUUCCGCAUCCUUCGCGACGGGAAGACCUCCGACUACAACAACAACUACCACAAGUCGCUCGGCUUGAGUGGCUCCCGUAGCGGAGGUGCCAUGUUUAUGCGCAACUAUGAGCUCGAGAGCGGAAAGCACCUUAAUCAUACCACCACCGAGGUCGACCGCGGCCCACGUGGCAGCUUGAGCGAUGGCGAUAGCCAGAAGGUCAUACUGGAAAAUGGACAAAACCCUGGCCAAGCUGAUAUUCUCGUUAACCGUCAAGUUAUGGUAACUUACGACUAA